AUGGUCUUUCCUUUACCAUUAGAUUUCUUUGCUCCCCUACAUUUAACUCAACAAGAAUCCAAUGCAUUUUUACAAUGGGGUAAUGCACUCUUACAACAGACAAUUGAUGCUUAUCAUCGUGAACAAUUUGAUACAAACGAAACACGUGAACGCAAGUGGAAACCAAUUAAAAAGAAACAACAUUUGACAGUCUAUCGACGUCGAAAGAUUAAAGAUACAACAAAUGAGUACAAGUAUUUAUGUACUGGUCGUAUUGAUGGUACAUUGGAUGAAGUCGUUAUGGGACGAUAUGCCGAUACGACACCUGAAUUUCGACGGAUUUCUGGAAUUUACCGAGAAGAUAUUGUUGAUUGUGCCGUGCUUGGUGUCAUUCAAGCACGAAGUCCAGACGAUCCAUUUUUUCUAUCGUGUUUUAAAUGGAUGACAGUUGAAUCACCUGGUAAAGGACUUGUGAAGAAUCGAGAUGUUUGUUGGUAUGAACAAAUUGGAAUAACCCGUGAUCGCAAUGGCAAAGAGAUUGGAUAUACAUUGACCGAAUCGGUUGAUUUGCCUACUUGUCCACUCUUUACGGAGUGUGUACGAGCAAAAUUAUCGAUUUGUUACUUGUAUAAACGCAAUAAAAGUGGAGGUGUGAACGUUUAUAUGCGUGGUAAGAAUGAUGCAGGAGGAAAAGUCAUUGACUGGGUGGCUGAUAUCAAGUCAGCAGAACUUUGGUUACGUAUUGAACGAGCAAUGCCAGUAGCUCAUGCUGUUAUUGCAACAGCUUUACUUGAAGCAGGAAAAAACAUGGAGCGUUUGUUUGUCACGACUGGCACGACGUGUGAGGUAUGUCAUGCUCGGACCUCGAGCUUCUUGAGCUCUGCGAAACAGUGUGCUGUUUGUCACUGUUUUACAUGUUCGAGUUGUGUGACCAAGACGCGUGUACUGAGUUACCACGAUUUCCGUGUACCGCAAUAUGAGCUUUUUUGCAAAAAGUGUGUCCGUUUGAUUCAUCAAAUGGACCUGCGUGCCCCAGAGAAUGUAAAGAACCCUGUCGAGUACGCUGCGGCGUCAUUGGCGGGUCGUGAUGGUUUGAAGAUGAGUUUUCCGAACUCGAGAGCAGAAAGUUGUUACACGGACGAUAGCGAAGAAGUAGAAGAAGAGCGUGCUCAAUAUGAAGCGUCCAUAACCAGUAGUAGCAGCAGCAACGGGUCAUUCUAUUCGCUUCGACAGCCUGUCAUUCGUAUGAAAAAUUACGAGGACGAAGCUUCUUAUUUCGUAUACGCUCAAGGAUCAUGUCCUGUUCCGGAGUACCCGAAUCAUCCGACGCGCAACAUCCGCGUCAAGUCUGCCCCAUCAUCGAUGCCCGUGGCAUAUUCCGACGAGUCACAGAUGUUACAGAAUACUAGUCGUGCCGAAAAGGGUCGCCGCCGCCAUAGCCAUUUGCCGUGCGACAGCACCUAUGAUCAGCCCUACGCUGAACGUGAUUCAGAGACGCCUUUGGGAUCAUUCCAAUCUGAUAGUAGGUAA